UUUAAUUUCCUCUCUCUCUCUCCUCUCUCUCUGCUCCAAGACUCAAACUUUUCACAUAUCGAUUAUCGCAUCCCUUUCUUCUCUGAGCUUCUUCAAGGUCGCUGAACGGAUUGUAGUCAAAGCUCAAAAUCACGAAUUGAAAGCUUCACAACAGCGACCGACCAACCAACUGAGCAGCCAUGACCAAAUCUUCUUCAUCUCCCCUUUUCUCCCUUCAUUUAUAAUAUUCAGACUUUUCAAGAAUGAUUUAGACUCCUUUGACUUUUCCCUUCAUAUAUACAGAGGCUCAGAGCUAGAGGGCAUUUCAUUUUUCUGUUUCACUGAACAAAAGGAGCUGCGAAAUUGCCCGGAAUUUGUGUUUUUUUUUAGAGUGAUCAAUGGAGAAGAAUUUGAUGAUUAUCCCGAAUUACUAUCAGCUUGCAAAGUCUGUGUCCUACCAAGAUUCUCUUAAGACCCUUCAAGCCGAUAUUGAUUAUGCCAAUAUGCUGGCAACUUCGAUUCCAAGAUUCAAAGGUGGAACUCGCUUACAAAUGAAAUUGGUGUACGAUAAUUUGGCACCUUUAUUUCUGUUCUUGGUCCAAUGGAUGAACUUUUCUUGUACAUGCUUACUCCCGAGCUAUCUGAACCUCUUCCAUGUUCUUUUAUUCGAGGUUUCUGCUGAUGGUAAGCGGGUGCUUAAAUCACAUGGAAGGAAAGCAACCGUAAGGGAGUUUUAUGCUGUGAUAUUACCAUCUCUACUGCGCCUGCACGGUAAUUCAUCGGGGAGGGAUGCCAGUCAAGACGAGGGCCACGGUUCAAAGAUCAUUGUCAGCAACACCAAGAACGUACAGGAGAAGAGGAAGCAUUGCGAUGUUGAUUUGGAGCGAGAAGACGAAUGCGGGAUAUGCUUAGAGCCCUGCACCAAAAUGGUUCUGCCAAACUGUUGCCACGCCAUGUGUAUUAACUGCUAUCGCGAUUGGAACGUAAGGUCUGAAUCGUGCCCCUUUUGCCGGGGAAGCCUGAAAAGGGUGGAGUCGGGAGAUCUUUGGGUUCUCACGUGUAAUGGCGAUGUGGUCGACCAGGAAACCGUCUCAAAGGACGACAUGGUUCGCUUCCAUGGUUAUAUAAACAGCCUCCCUAAAGAUGUUCCAGAUGCCCUUUUCUUAGUUUAUUAUGAGUACUUGAUAUGAAGUGUGUUGAUAUAAUUGUACAGGAAUCUGAAAGAUCACCAACCACCCACCCUCCUGUGGGCUGUGGUCCUGUUGAGUGUUGCCUCAAUCCCUAACUUAGAAUCUUCUGCAGAAUAAUGUAUAUCCUCAUCAUAUUUGUUCAUAAAGGGUACCAUAUAUUAAUUCUCUCCCUUUAGUGUUCUCAAUUGUAUUUAUGAUUUACUCCC